AUGUACAUGCACUGUGAGAGAAGAGAGAGAGAGAGAAGGGAGAGAGAGAGAGAGAGAGAGAGAGAGAGAGAGAGGGAGGGAGAGGGGGCUUGUCAACUGUGCUUUAGGAUCAUCUCGCGGACCUCUUCGAUCACCAGCCAAGCCUUGUGCCCGCCGAUUAUCUCUUCCUUCAUCUCUCCGUCUUUCCAUAUCUGUGAAGAGAGAGAAAGAGACGUAGAGUUACUCGUAGUGUGAUGUGAGCGAGAAAACAUAUCAUAGACUGGCGAUAAAACGAUAGAUAUAUAGAUGGGGAGAGAGAGAGAGAGAGAGAGAGAGAGAGAGAGAGAGAGAGAGAGAGAGAGAGAGAGAGAGAGAGAGAGAGAGAGAGAGAUGCUCCACAAUAUUGGGAAUGUUGGAGGGUAGAUUGAGUAGAGAGAGAAAGAAGAAGGGGGGGGGGGGGUACCUGGAUGGUUGGCAUUUUCUGAUGGCGCAGUCGGGCAGCGCAGGAGAGGGAAAUAAGAAUGAAGAAAAUAAGAGAUCAACAGGUCAUAAAAAUGUGAAUAUGAAAAUUGAAGGUUUUCUCGUAAAAAUCCCCCAUCUAUUAUGAUUUUAGCAUGUAGGACCUAGAAAAGCCAUAGUUUCACGGAGAUACCCAUCAACGAGUAAUAUUUCGGAAGAAGGACCCACUAACACUCCGAGGGAGUGAACUGUAAUAUUCCUUAGACUUAGGUAGAGAUGGGAGAUUACCGAGAUAUUGCCUCGCUUGACCAAAGCUUGUGUGACCUUGUUCACGUCCACGAAGUAAAACUUCAGACUGAGACAUUUACAUAAAACACCCUAUUUUUAUCAAAAUAACACAAAAAGACGCGCAAGAUCGGAUUUGGGGGUUGUAUUGAGAAAAAAAACGCGACUCACUCAGAAUAGUCGGCCGCCAGUUUCUCCAGCUUGGGCUUGAUGUAGAUGCACUUGCGGCACCACGACGCCAUCCUGUGGAAUAAGGCGAUACUUAGCUAGCCCUCCAAUUAAAACCGCACUCGUCAGAGGCACAGGAUAUCUAUUCUACACCGUCAGAGCAGUAUAAAUGAGUUCCUUGACCUCGCUGAUUAUUCUUCUACUUGAGCACCUCCUCCGGGAGAGAAGAGAGAUAGCAAGAGAGAGAGACCCCGGAGGAACUGCGCCGGAUGAGAAGACGACGACCGGCUGGCUCACUUAGCGUGGAGAGAGGGAGAGCGAGAGAGAGUGAGAGUGAGAGAGAGGUGCGCCGGGUGAAAGGGGAUGACCCGAUUCGCUUACAGCGCGGAGGGAGGGAGGGAGGGAGAGAGAGAGAGAGAGAGAGAGAGAGAGAGAGAGAGAGAGAGAGAGAGAGAGAGAGAGAGAGAGAGAGAGAGAGAGAGAGAAAGAGAGAGGGGUAGAGAGAAGUGCGCCGGAUGA